CCCCCCAAUCCCCCCAAAAAAGCCCUAAAGUCCCUCUCACCCUGCUCAGUUCGCUCAGUCUCUCUCACCGUGGAUCAGCAGCACCACACCUCCCUCACCGUUCUCUCUCACCCCGCUGCACCACACUGUCGCAGCUCCCCUCCGUCGUCGCAGCAGCCCGCAGCAAGGGGUUUACACUUUAGCCGGAGAGAUUGAAGGAAGGAAGGAAGGAUGUUGGCGACUGCGAUAAGGUUCAUAGGGAGGAAACCAAAGCCAAAAAUGAAACCGAUUGAGCUUAAAACCCCACCGGAGCAGACACAAACUAUCACCAGAACCAUCUUCGACAUCUUGAAGGAACAUGGUCCUCUCACUAUUGCAGACACCUGGGAACGUGUAAAGGAUGUUGGCUUGAGAGGCUUGACUAGCAAAAGGCACAUGAAGAUAGUUUUAAGAUGGAUGAGGGAAAGACAAAAGCUUAAGAUUAUAUGCAAUCAUGUAGGGCCCCAGAAGCAAUUUCUGUAUACAACCUGGUUUACAAAACCAAAUACUAUGCAUACAAAGCCGGGAACUGAUACUUCCUGGCCAAAUACAAAGCAGAUUAUGUCAGGAAGUGAUAUUUCCCGGCCAAAGUCAUCAUAAACCCUAUGACGUGGUGUCUGAUUAUGAUUCACAGAUUUAACGGAGCUUUCUAUCAUUGAGAAAUAAGAGAAACAAGAGAGAGAGAGAGAGAGAGAGAGAGAGAGAUGAGCAUAGUAUUUCAUUCACCAUGUUGUGAAGCUUAACGACCAAAUACAAUGGCUUUCACAAGCUUUUAAACUUAUAUAUUAGGGCCUUAGCUUUUGGAUAUAUACUUUUCUUCUUUUUUAUGUAUAUAUUGUGUUAUGGGAUAAGUUGCAUCAUCAGUAAUAGUCUCAA